AUGUCAGCUGCCAUGAAGAGCUGUCUCAAGCACUCCCCGCCCUCCUCGCCCUUGUCACGCGACGGCGGCGACGCCGCGUCCCACUCCGACCCCUGCUCGCCGCGGCCGACGCCAUCUCGCCCUUCCUACAAACGCAAGUCCGUCUCCUUCUGCGACCAGGGUCAAGAAGAGGUAUUCAUUGCCGAUGAAUGGGACCGGACGCCAGCCGAGGUGACGCAGAAACUCUCGUAUCAGGACGUCCUCGAGCUCAAGCAGCUCCAGCUCUCCCUCCCUCACGCACCCCAGCCGCCAGAUCCCUUCAGCCCGCGCCCUCACACGCACGUCGAGUACCUGCGUCGCGUGCCCAUACGUCUCAUGCCGUUGCUCCCGGAAACCGAGAGCUCGCCCGCGCGUACGCCUCCCGCGGAGGAGCCCAAGCCCGCGUCCCCUUCACCACCUGCUCAGUCACCACCGACGACCACGCAUUGGAUGCAGCUAACAUCACCCAUCACUCAUUCCGCUAUCGCCCCCGCCCCGCGCUUCUCCCCUCACCCAUCACCCCGAUCAUCUCCGGCUCCGUCACGCACGUCAUCACCCAUCCCAUCGAAUCUCCCACCGCGUGCGCCCUUAAGGCCGCGCCCGCAUUUUGCAUUCUUGCCUCUCUUGCCGACGGAGGAACCGACGAAGGGACCAGAGGCGGAACCUGGAGAAAUGGUUUUCAGCUGGAACGACGAUGAGGAGACGUCACCCAUGAAGGAGAAGGAGGAAGUAGAAGAGAAGAAGGCAGCGGAAGAAGAGGAUGUCGCUCGGACCCCACAUGCCGAGAGCGUCCUCGAGGGCGAGAUGCUCGACCGCGUAUACGGCGCCGAACCCGCCAGCGUUGGCUCGAGCGUGAGCAGCUCCGCGCCCGCGGCUUUCCUCGCUUCCGAGCACGACUUCGACCAGGACUCCGUCCCGAGCUCGUCUGCGUCCGUAUCCGACGGGGAGCUGACCGCGGACGAGUCGACGCCGUCCAUGACGACCUGUUCUCUGAGCCCCACGCCUUCGCCCAGCCCGUCGCCGCCGAUCCUCAGCGAAGUGGCGGAUACGCCGAGCGCGGAGGAGCACCAUCCGCCUGCGUCGAAGGCGGAGACGUAUGGGUACUUCCAGAUCCCGACGGCGCGGGCGGAGAACCUUCCGUACCAGCUGAAGAAGCUGCGGCUGCAGGCGCUUCCGAGUCCGUCGCUGAUGCCCCCCAGCCCGUUCGAGCUUGAGCUUUCUGCCCCGGGUGGGGAGGGCGAGCAGCGGGGGGAAGAGGGGAAGUUGGAGGAGGUGCAUGCGUUUGAACGGAGGAAGGGUAUGGGGAGGCGGGUGGGGAGUGUCCUUGCGCUGGGGCUCAGUGUGAAGGGGGAGGGGGAGGAGCGGAGAGACUAGACUUUGCUCAGUCUGUGUAUAGAGUAUAGAUCCGAGGAGAGGGAGACGAGGGAGAGUAAUAUCGCACUUAGUUCUCGCAUACCACGCGCUAUUAUCCUACAUCGUAACAUAUAUUAGUCUGGUUUUUGUCAUAUGUAUACACGCUUGAAGCACUUGCAACAAAUACCUCUGUUGGACUC